UGUUUACUUUUCCUCAAAACAUUGGCAUGAAUCACACAGCAAAGUCUCAGAAAGCCCUGAAAAGUGAUGAAAGCAGCCUGAUUGACCACGAUUUUCCUGUCUGAAGUAUCAAGUGCGUUUGUCGAAGAUGUUUUGCGUCGAAAUUUUCAUCGUGCAAGCCGAAUCGAGUGCCGAGAUGAGUGAAAACUGGCAGCAUCUGUCUCCAAGGAUGAUGCAGAAGUACCUAACGAAGUACCCUUUCGGGAAGCAAAACGCGCCGCAUUUUUACUGUUCGCCGGAUUUGUCGGACACUAGAAGAACCGCCGAUUGCUGAAGUGUGCUUUUGGUGCCAAAAAUGAAGUUCACGGACACUUUGAACACACAUUUUGUGCCGCAGUUCGCAAUGGCACCCAAGGAAUUCGCAGCCUUGCCUAGGGUCAGUGGUGCUUCGAUCACCAUCGUGCAGUCGAACAGCUCCCUCUGUACCUGUCCGUUGGGUAGAACAUACGCCGAGGUCGUCAAACUCAUACCUAGAAUAUCUGGUUUGUCGAGUGUGCCGGCCAAAACGCCAACAGCCCCGGCGUCAACAAUGCCUUUUGCCACUUCAACAGACAAAAAGCCUCCGUGCAAGCCUCCGAUCACACCCAACUUCAAAUUCUGCAACUUUUCUUUCACCAACAACAAGGUGCGGUUGCAGCCCCCGAGGGCGAAUCUUUGGCGGUCAAAGCUUUUUCGUCAGGAGCAGAACAACCACUGGAAAAACAACAAAAACAAGAGCAAAGUUCUGCCGAUCGCUAACUACAACUGGAGAACGCCGUCACCAGUGAUGGAAACGCCGGCAGGAAUUUGCGCCCUGCAAGUCGUCGUCUCCCAGGUCUUGGAAACUAAGUUGCCUAAGCCCCAGGAGUCACCUGAGCAUAAGACUGAAAAAACUGCUCUCCGUGAGAGCACCAAAACUUUUAGGAUUAGAUGUCUGUCGGAAUCCUCCCAGGCUAGUGAAGACAGCAUAGUCACAUUUGACAGAUGCUCCGGCUCGUACGAGUCGGAAAUUUCUUCUGAUGAAUAUGAAGCGAGCGAAGACGAAGAAACCACUCUGAGCGAAGGCGUAGAAGACUGCACAACACCAGAAAACUCAAGCGGGUCUGAAUCUGAAACUGAGGACAGUGAUAGUGACGAAGACAUGGAUGAUGGGCCAGUUUUACAGGUCGGAAAAUGCGAUAAAGUUCACUUGCCACUGGAAAUUGAAGUUCCUCCGCCACCAAGACUGCGUAGCCAAUCUCAGUCAUCGCUCACCUCAGACUAUGAUGAAAGUGACGACGACUUCAUAGUGUUUGCACAGGAUUCCGAAGAGGAGGAAGAGGAAGAGAGCGAGGAUGAGGCCGACAACGUCCAGGUCACACCUGUUCCUCAUCGCAGAAGACACCCCGAGAGAGUCAAACCGGCAGAGCUGAAGGUUCGAUUUGCUGACAAUGAUGAAAUCUGCCCUCUUUAUGAUGACGACGACUGCAGAAAGGCGCGGGUUGGUGAAUGGGAAGAGCGAGCGCGCGACAGCAGUCGGUUCCGGGCCAGGAUAGCAAACUGCGCCACAAUAAUAUCGCCCAUCCUUACUCCUGAACACCGUGUGAAGAUUCAAGAAAAGUUAAAGAGGCUAGAGGAAAAUCAAAGCAGAGACUCUCAUGUGAACAAAAAAGCUGCUGAGAAAGUUCCAACCAGUGGCGUUGACCGGAGAAGAUCGGUCCUGGUCCACUAGUUUUUAAUAUAAAUAAUGUUAAUGCACGGUGACAAGUAAUGAGUUUAUCAAACCUUAUCUACAAUAAUGCUUGAGGUAAAAACGGCUUUAUUUUUUAUCAUCUCAAAAUACCUAAUCAUUUAUAUGCUUUAAUUUAAUGUGUGGGCAUUGUUUCAAUUACGGUCUGAGCUAAUUUCUGCACACAAUGCUUAAUUUUUGUGCUGCCCUAAGAAAUAUAUUAACUUGCCAUUGAUUAUUUUAUUUGUUAAGCUCUGAAUACAAUUUGUUCCUUCAGAUUGUUCUUGACCCACAUGAUAUGAUGAAUGGUAGUUAUGAAUAAAAUUAUAUUUUAAUAAUUAAACAAAAG